AUGAUGUGUAAGAAUUUCAAGUUGAGAAGAUGCGAUAACGGAACAUUUUGUUUCUCACGGCUCAGAUGCAAAACGAACUUCAAGCGAUUUUUACCAGGAAAGAGUUUUCUGACCAGGGCUGACAAGCAUUUGAGAAGCGAUCAAGAACUGUGCCUUCCAUCUGCACGAGAAGUGUUGCAGCCGAUUUACGUCACAGAAAUCACACGAAACUUCCCAUCAGAAAUUUUGAUGCCUUUUGCUUCGGCGAGGGAUGAGCUGGACGAAAUUAAAUUUUUUGGCAAUGGAAACCACGAUAAACAUCUACUCAGAGAAUCCGAUAUUUCUGCUGAUUCUGAAGAAAAUGUUAUAUCUGAGAUUUUUGCGUGGGUCUACAGAAUGGAAAUUACAGGGGAAGACUUUUCAGAUGGGUUGUCGGCUACUACAUCUGUUUACGAGAAUUGA